AGGGUUGCUUGUCUUGUUCCAAGGACAAUGGGUGCAGCCGAUGCCAACAGAAGUUGUUCUUUUUCCUUCGAAGAGAAGGCAUGCGCCAGUACGGAGAGUGCCUGCACUCCUGCCCGCCGGGCUACUACGGACACCGGGCCCCGGACAUGAACAGAUGCGCACGAUGCAGAAUAGAAAACUGUGAUUCUUGCUUUAGCAAAGACUUUUGUACCAAGUGCAAAGGAGGCUUUUAUUUGCAUAGAGGCCGAUGCUUUGAUGAAUGUCCAGAUGGUUUUGCACCAUUAGAUGAAACCAUGGAGUGUGUGGAAGGAUGUGAAGUUGGUCAUUGGAGCGAAUGGGGAACUUGUAGCAGAAAUAAUCGCACAUGUGGAUUUAAAUGGGGUCUGGAAACCAGAACACGGCAAAUUGUUAAAAAGCCAGCGAAAGACACAAUACCAUGUCCAACCAUCGCCGAAUCCAGGAGAUGUAAGAUGGCCGUGAGGCACUGUCCAGGAGGUGAGUGUGGGAAAUCGCUACCCGGGGCUGUGUGCUCUCUGGACUCACCUCUUCCCUAG